AUGGGAAGGUCAAUUUACCAGGGGGAUAAGGGAACCACCACAAUUAUUCUUGAAGCAGUUGCAUCUCAUGAUCUAUGGAUCUGGCAUGCCUUUUUUGGAUGUCCGGGAAUGUUGAAUGAUAUAAACGUUCUAGACCGGUCACCAGUGUUUGAUGAUGUGGAACAGGGAAAGGCUCCAAAAGUGAAUUACUUUGUGAAUCAACGUCCCUAUAAUAUGACAUACUAUCUAUUUGAUGGUAUCUACCCUUCUUAUCCAACUUUCGUCAAAUCAAUUAGACUUCCUCAAAGUGAACCCGAUAAGUUAUUUGCAAAACAUCAGGAGGCAUGUCGGAAGGACAUUGAACGUGUUUUUGGAGUGCUUCAAGCUCGAUUAAAAAUCAUCUGUGAACCAGCUCGCUUGUGGAACAUAGCUGAUUUGGGUAUCAUCAUGAGAUCAUGCAUCAUAUUAGAUAAUAUGAUUGUUGAGGAUGAACGAGAUACAUAUGCUCAACGUUGGACCGAUUUUGAGCAACCUGGGGGAAGUGGAUCUAGUACACCACAACCAUACUCGACCGAGGUGUUACCAGCUUUUGCAAAUCAUAAUUAUGACCCUAAAAUAAGUGGAUAA